UUGAAAUUUUAUCAAUAACAUUUUAUUUUAUAAAGACCUACCGUUUAUUAAUUCGAUUAUUCGUUCGAAAGUGUCCGGUAAACCAGCAAUGGGAGUUCAUAUAAUGAUUAAACCGUUCCAUAAAAUAUUUUAUUUUCAAAAUAAAAUAAAAUGGACUUCGGCUAUUGGGUUGAUUUUUUAUCACGUAUUUGGAGCAUACUGGUGUUGGCUAUAUGCAUUUCCGUUUAAGCUUCUGACGCCAAUAUUUGCAUUUCUUAUGUUGAUAGUAAAUGGCUUGGGAAUCACCUGUGGAGUCCAUCGUCUAUUUACUCACAAAUCUUACAAAGUUAAUACCCCAUUGAAGAUACUACUGAUUUUGUUUUUCACCUCUGCUGGGCAGAAUUCUAUUUACCAAUGGGUUCGUGAUCACCGUCUCCACCACAAGUUCAGUGAUACAGAUGCUGAUCCUCAUAAUUCUAGACGAGGCUUGUUCUUCUCUCAUAUCGGCUGGCUGAUGAUGCAUAAGAAUGAAGAAGUCAGGACUCAGGGGAAGAAGAUUGAUAUGAGUGAUAUAGAAAAUGAUGCAAUAUUGAUGUUUCAAGACAGAAACUUUACCCUAAUGAAGUUAAUAUUUUGCUACGUAAUACCAACUACCUUUGGCAUAUAUUUCUGGGGUGAAGAAUGGAAAUGUGCUGUAGCUUGGCAAUGCUUCAUCAGAUAUCUUUCGGCUUUGCAUUGUGAAAUGACAGUCAACAGUCUAGCACAUGCAUACGGAUACCAGCCUUAUAACAAACACAUUGCUCCAAAAGAAAACGGUUUCGUGGCUACCAUCACCAUUGGCGAAGGGUUUCACAACUAUCACCACGUUUUCCCCUUUGAUUACAAAGCUGCCGAAUAUUUUGACACCUUCAACUGGUCCGCUGCCUUCAUCCGCUGGUGGGAAAAAAUGGGAUGGGCUUAUGACCUGAAAGAAGCAAAGCCUGAGAUGAUAGAUGCUGUUAUUGGAAGGACAGGGGAUGUGACUUUAAGGGCAAAACAAAAUAAGACUUCUUUACCUGAAAUAUGUUCUCGAUGUGGAUAGUU